UUUAGUUAUCUUCAGAAUCUCUCAAUCUCUUCCCCUUCUCAAAAAAGAUGCGCACAUCACCCGUUUCAUUCCACUCAUAGAAAGAGGGAAAACCCAAAUCUUGGAAUUUCAAAUCCUGCACUCCCAUUUCUUACAUGGAAGGAGAUGCUGAUGAGAGGAUUCAUAGAAGAAGCUACUGGAGAUGGAGCAAGGAUGACUUCUUGCCUCAAGAGUCCUUCAAGAACUGGGCCACCUACAGAUCAGCCCUCUCCCAGACGUUUUUCCGAAUGAAGGACCGGCUCCUUAGCCGAUCAUGCGACGCUAGUGAGCUCGGGGAGGUCCGGAAGCAAAGCGAGAAUGACAUGAAACGGUGCCUGAAUUGGUGGGACCUCACCUGGUUCGGGUUCGGGUCUGUAAUCGGUGCCGGCAUCUUCGUCCUAACGGGGCAAGAAGCUCACGACCAUGCGGGCCCCGCCAUCGUCCUGUCGUAUGUCGCUUCAGGCCUCUCUGCGAUGCUCUCCGUCUUCUGCUACACUGAGUUCGCAGUGGAAAUCCCCGUCGCAGGUGGCUCGUUCGCGUACCUGAGGGUUGAAUUGGGAGACUUCGCGGCAUUCAUAACUGCAGCAAAUCUGCUCUUGGAGAGCGUCGUUGGUGGGGCAGCCGUCGCAAGAGCUUGGACUUCGUACUUUGCGACUCUCAUAAACCGUCAGCCGAAUUCACUACGGAUUAAAACAAAUCUCGCCAAGGACUUCAGUCUCUUGGACCCAAUUGCUGUCGUCGUCCUCGUAGCUGCUUCAAGCAUCACCAUGAUCAGCACAAGGAAAACAUCUUACCUCAACUGGAUCGCAUCCGCCAUAAACACCGUAGUGAUUCUGUUCGUGAUCAUUGCCGGUUUCGCUCACGCCAACACCGAUAAUUUGACACCCUUCCUUCCUUACGGAGCUGAAGGUGUCUUUCGGGCAGCAGCGAUUGUGUACUUCGCCUACGGUGGAUUUGACAACAUCGCCACAAUGGCAGAGGAAACUAAAAAUCCUUCAAGGGACAUACCAUUGGGUCUGCUCGGGUCUAUGUCGAUAAUCACCGUCAUCUAUUGCCUUAUGGCUCUUUCACUGGGCAUGAUGCAGAAGUACACGGACAUCGACAGGAACGCGGCGUAUUCGAUUGCAUUCCAGAACGUUGGGAUGAAGUGGGCUAAGUAUCUCGUUGCUCUUGGCGCCCUCAAAGGGAUGACUACUGUUCUUUUGGUGGGUGCGCUUGGGCAGGCACGCUACUUAACUCAUAUAGCCAGGGCCCACAUGAUCCCUCCCCUGUUUGCUCUGGUUCAUCCAAUAACAGGAACACCGAUCUACGCCGGUAUCUUUCUAACUGCAUCGACCGCUUGCAUGGCCUUCUUCUCCAGUUUGGAUGUAUUGUCGAACCUGCUAUCUAUCAGCACGCUCUUCAUCUUCAUGAUGAUGGCGGUCGCACUCCUGGUAAGGAGAUACUAUGCAAGAGGAGUCACACCACGGUCGAAUCUCCUAAAACUAAUCAUUUUCUUGAUAAUCAUCAUCGCUUCCUCCAUGGGAACUUCAGCUUUUUGGGGUCUGAGGCCGAACAAGUGGAUUGGCUACACCAUCACCGUGCCUCUUUGGCUCUUGGGCACGGCAGGAAUUGCGAUAUUUCUUCCUCAGCAGCAGACGCCCAAGGUAUGGGGUGUCCCACUAGUGCCAUGGCUUCCAUCUCUGUCAAUUGCGACCAAUCUGUUCCUCAUGGGAUCACUCCCUUCCUCAGCUUUCGAGAGAUUCGGGAUCUGCACUUUGGUUAUGCUGAUUUACUAUGUGUUCUUCGGCGUCCAUGCGACAUAUGACAUGGCCCACCAGCAGCAUAAGCUAGUUGAUCCGAGUGUCCACAAAAAUGGCAAUGUUGAAAAUGAAGCGCCUUGAUAUUAUAGAAUGUAUGUUGCUCUGUUCUCUUUCUCAUCUUUCUUUGAUUUUCCUGCAAUAACUAUAAACUACACCCAUAAGAGAAUAAAAAUAGAUAGAUCUGAAUUUCACUUCAUGUUACCUGGAUCGUGGAUCGAAUGGCUAUGCAGUCCACUACUUUGAUGUGUGGUACGCCAUGGGUAGGAUUAUGUGGGUCCCUCCAGUACAUAUGAUAAACAUAGAGUCUUUAUUUUAUAUAGAAAUUCAUAUUGUAAUUUCCAUACGAAAAGAUGAAUAUUAUUAUUAUAGGUACCAUAUGAAUAUGGUAUAUGUUUGUAUGCUAUUGCAUAAAUGGAAGUAUUAAUCUUUGCAUUCUGAA